AUGGUCAAACUGUACGACCGCUACGAGCAGCAGGCGGUGUUUGGCGUGAUCGCCUCGCAGUGCAAUGUCAUAUGGCUCCCCCCCUCCGCCACGCAGCUGGACACGUCCGCCGGCAGGGCCGUCUCCGGCGCGCUCGAGCAGCUCGUGGUGUGGGACACAAAAACAGGCGAAAUCGUCCACAAACUCGCCGACGGCUUGACGCCCGGCGCGCUGAACGCAAACACGUCCCGUGCGCCCGCCGCCAUCGUGGUGGUGGCCGCGCACGCCGCGUCCGGGCUCGUGGCGCUGGGCCACGCCGACGGCGCCGUCAAGGUGUGGGACUUGACGUCCGGCGCGGUCGUGCUCGCGUUCGCCGGCCACAAGGCCGCGGUGGCCACGCUCUGCUUCGACGCCUCCGGCACGCGGCUCGUGUCCGGCCUGGCUGACGCGUCGCUCAUCGUGUGGGACCUCGUGGCCGAGGAGGGCCUCUUCAAGCUCAAGGGCCACAAGGCGCCGCUCACGGGCGCGGUGCUCGUGCACGCGCCCGCCUCGCAGGCCACGGUGGCCGAGGAGGGCGAGGACUACUUGGUGCUGGUGGCCAAGGACGGGCUCGUCAAGCUCUGGGACUUGAAGGCGCGCCAGUGCAUCGAGACGCACUUGGCGCACCUGGGCGAGGCGUGGGCCGUGGGCGCCAGCGCCGCGCAGGACAUGCUCGUCACGUGCGGCGCCGGCGCCCUGGCCUCCGUGUGGGCGUUGGACUUGGCGGCCGCGGACGGCGCCCGCAUGCGCCACCGCGGCGACUUCGCCAAGCAGAGCGGCGCGCGGUGCACGGGCGUGGCGUUCACGCGUGUGCACGACGCGGCCGGCUCGCACGAGGUGUUCUUCUUGCAGAACCUGGACCGCACGUGCGAGCUCGUGCGGUUGCGGGCCGCGGACGAGAUCGCCAAGGCCACGGCGCGGCGCACCAAGCGCUUGGCCGACAAGGGCCUCGAUGCGGGCGAGAUCGCGCAGCAGCUCCGCGACGCCGAGCUCGCCAUGUUGCUCGCGCCGCUCGCCACCGUGCGCUGCGGCGCCAAGGUGCGCUCGUGCGUGUGGGUGCCCGGGCGGCGGCGGCUCGAGCUCUUGGUGGCGUUGGCCAACAACAGCAUCGAGCAGCACCGCGUGGCGGUGCCGGACGCGCUCCGCAAGGCCGCGCCGGGCUCGCUCGUGGCCCUGCGCGCGUACGCCGUGGACCUUGCGGGCCACCGCUCGGACGUGCGGGCCAUGGACGUGUCGGACGACGACCGGCUCUUGGCCACCGCGGCCAACGGCGAGUUGAAGGUGUGGAACCUCCGCACACACAACGUGGUGCGCACGUUCGCGUUGGCCGGCGGUUACGCGCUCUGCUGCAAGUUUUUGCCCGGCGGCACGUUGGUGGCCGUGGGCUUCAAGAGCGGCGCGUUGGAGCUCUACGACUUGGCGCGCUCCGCCAUGGUCGACCGCGUGGAGGCCGCGCACGCGCUCGCCGCGGGCGGCGCCGACGACUCCGGCGCCGCGGUGUGGUCCAUGGACAUCACGCCAGAUGGCCGCCGCUUGGUCACGGGCGGCAACGACAAGGCCGUGCGCUUCUGGGACGUGCAGGUGGUGCACGAGGCCGUGCCCGGCUCGCGUGCCGAGGUGGCCUCUUUGAAGUUGGCCCUCGCGCAGACGUUGCAGCUCUCGGACGAGGUCUUGUGCGUGCGCGUGUCGCCCGACGGCAAGUACUUGGCCAUCUCGCUCCUCAACAACAACGUGCAGGUGGUGUUCGUGGACUCGCUCAAGCUCUACUUGACCUUGUACGGCCACAAGUUGCCGGUGCUCUCCAUCGACAUGUCCGCCGACAGCAAGCUCAUCAUCACCUCGUCUGCGGAUAAGAACAUCAAGGUGUGGGGCUUGGACUUUGGCGACUGCCACAAGUCGCUCUUUGGCCACCUGGACUCCAUCAUGGCCGUGCGCUUCCUCCCGGACAGCCACCACUUCUUCAGCGCGGGCAAGGACGCCAUGCUCAAGUACUGGGACGGGGACAAGUUCCAGUGCAUCCAGAAGUUGCCCGCGCACCAGAGCGAGGUCUGGGCGCUCUGUGUCAGCCGCGACGGCUCCUUCGUCGUGCUGGCCUCGCACGACCACUCCAUCCGCGUGUGGUCCGCCACCAACGACCAGGUGUUCUUGGAGGAGGAGCGCGAGAAGGAGAUGGACGAGUUGUACGAGUCCGAGCUCUUGCGCUCCUUGGACGCCGACGCCGCGCCCGUGGACCCUGACGCAGACCCGGCCGACGCUGGCGACGCCGCCCCGGUGUCCAACCAGACCAUGGAGACCUUGAAGGGCGGCGAAAAGUUGAUGGAGGCGCUCGACAUCGGCACCGCCGACCUCGACGCCACCGCUGCCUACGAGGCCCAGCUCCGCGACUUCCACAGCAAGAGGCCGGGCGCGUCCAUGCCCGUCAAACCCACGCCCAACGCCAUCCUCCAGGCCUACGGCAUCACGGGCCAGCAGCACGUGUUGGCCGUGUUGCUCAAGAUCCGCGCGGCGCAGCUCGAGGACGCACUCUUGGUGCUCCCGUUCUCGUACACCGUGCGCUUGAUGCGCUUCGUGCAGAUCUGGACCGACGCCGACAACCUCAACGGCAACUUGGUCCACCUCGCCGUCAUAUGCAAGGUCUUGUUCUUCGUGGUGCGUGUCAACGCCAAGGAGUUGAUCAGCCAGCGCGACGAGACACUCCGUAACCACUUGGUCCAAGUCAAGACCCAGCUCCGUACCGAGCUCGCGGCUGCCGCGCAUCAGCUAGGCUACAAUACACUAGGCUUGAAGUUCCAGCGGGCGCAAUGGAAGUUGAUGCACGAGACGGAGUUUAUCGACGAGGCAGAGCAGCGUGCGCACGAGGACAAGCGCGCUGUGAAGAGAAUCUUUGCUACCGUUUGA